UGAGGGACGUGGUCAGUGGACAUGGUGGGGAUGGGCUGCUGGUUGGACUGGAUGAUCUUAGAGGUCUCUUCCAGCCUUAGUGAUUCUGUGAUUCCGUGCUGACGAGCCCUAAUGAGAAGACACGAUUUCAUAAGCUGCCUGUGCAGUGCUGCAGCCACCUGCCCUGCCAUGACAAAGACAGCCACUGGGUGCUGCCCAUGCCAUUCCUUCCCCAGUGAGGUCUCACGUCCUCUGUGUCUCUGCACAACAGUAUUACCAAGACUUAGUUAUCCUGACAGCUUUGUAACUUGCCUUCACCUGUUCACCUUUGAGGAGCACUGGCUGGACAUAAAAUUGCUCAGUUUCAGAAGCCCAGUUUUUAGGCCACAGCUAAGUUAUGCUCAUAGAGAUGCUCUCUGUUUGUGCUGAGGCUUGAACCAGCCCAAAUGCCCAUAACUCCUGUGCCAAAUGUCAAGAGCUGGACGACUACACAGUACAAGGAGUCACAACUGCAGGAUGCAGUGUAGAGAAGUGGUGAGAAGUAUAGGGAAGCACACAGAGCAGGGAAUGAGUUGGGGAAAUCCUAAUUUCUUUCCUGGAGAAGUAAUGUUACAAAAGAACUUAAUUUUUUACUCUGCUUCUUUUAUUCUGGAUCUGCCUCUUGCAGCACAGAUGCAAACUAGUGGGAGAAUUUGAGGCUGUCAUGUUAUUUUUUUCCCCAUUUAAGGUGUAAAAUACAUGGGAUUCUGCAAGGAGCCAAGGGAGGGAGAGAGAGCUAAAACAAACAGUCCCCUCUUUGCCCAUCUACCUCCCUGUUCAUGGGGUAGAGCAGAAGCAAUAAGCAUCCGCAUGCUCAACAGCAUCCCUAUGCCUGAGCAUCUCACCAACCAGAAAGGUUUGCUGUGUCCCUGCAGCAGUGAGCAGCACUGGUCCUGCCUGCAAGAUGCUGCCAGCAGGUUUUUCCUCCGGGGGGAGAGUUGGGGGGGGAGGAGAGGGGGUGGAAAGCAGAGUGCUUUGCACUGCCACCCCCAUCUCAUGGAUCAGAACCUGGCAGAGCUGAGCCACCCCCCUCGAGAGCCAGGCAGCUACACCAGGCAGCUACACCAUCUCUCACCACACAGAUGCUCUCUGCAUCCCUCUCAUCUCCCCUCCACCCCCUCCUUCCACCCUGCUCCUCCGUCACGGCACCCGCUGUCUUCCACCCCCUCCCCUGCGCUCUCCUCCUCUCUCUUCACUCCCCUCCUGUAUCUCUCCCCUCUUCUCUCUCCAUUCUCCUCCUUUCUCCCUCUUCUCCCUUUCAUCCCUUCUCCCAUCGCUCAGCCUCUCAUUCUCAUUCUCUGCUGCCGCUCCUGUGCCGGGUGCCCAUUGGUUGUCAGGAUCCGUCCCCCACCAGCUGUCACCCCUCUCCAUCUGCCGCCCCCAGUCGCCAAGCCCCCCUCUCUGCAGAUGGACGGUGGACCAGGGGACUUGUCGGGGUCCUCUGAGCCACCAGCGUGGGGCUGAGGGGCCUGACACCCCCAGAUGGCCACAGCCACGAGUGGGCCCUGGGGGUGAGGAGGAGACGUCCCGCAGCAGUCAGGGAUGGAGCGAUGGGCAGGUCCAAGGAAGAAGGACUUGUGGCUCUGCUGAUAGGAUAUUUUAGACUCCCUCCCUUCUGGGACUUCUUUCUUUUAAAAAGGGGAAGGGGAAAACUAUGACACGGAUUCUCACGGUGAAGCAGAGGAAAAUGUGCAUUCCAACGACACGUUUCUAAUUGAUCCUGCAGGGAGACUGUCCUCACCCUCUUUCCUGCCUCUGCUAUGGACACUUCUGCUUUCAGCCUCCCCACACCGACAGUAUCAGAGGAGGGGAAUGUCUCUGGUAGCUGGGCAGGCUUCACCACCCCCAACAGCUCCAUCACCACCACCAGCACCGGAGUGGUUGUCAGCGGUGUCCUCAUCCCUGUGGUCUACCUCAUUGUCUGUGUGGUGGGGCUUAUUGGGAAUUCUCUGGUCAUUUAUGUGGUCUUGCGACACUCUGUGAGUGAAUCAGUGACCAAUGUCUACAUCUUGAACCUGGCCCUAGCUGAUGAACUCUUCAUGCUGGGUCUGCCAUUCCUGGCAGCACAAAAUGCUCUGUCCUACUGGCCAUUUGGGUCAUUCAUGUGCCGCUUGGUGAUGGCUGUGGAUGCCAUCAACCAGUUCACCAGCAUCUUCUGCCUGACAGUGAUGAGUGUUGACCGCUACCUGGCUGUGGUCCACCCUGGGAAGUCCUCCAAAUGGAGAACGGCACGAGUGGCCAAGGCUGUGAGUGCCACUGUGUGGAUGCUGUCAUCCAUAGUAGUGCUGCCCGUGGUGAUCUUCUCAGAUGUCCCUUUAGGUAUGAGCACAUGCCACAUCCAGUGGCCAGAACCUGCCUCGGUUUGGAGAGCUGGUUUCAUCAUCUACACCGCCACUUUGGGCUUCUUUGGGCCACUACUGGUGAUUUGUCUCUGCUAUCUUCUCAUUGUUGUGAAGGUCCGUUCCUCUGGAAGAAGGGUGAGGGCUCUGUCCUCUAAACAUAAACUUUCGGAGCGCAGGGUGACUCGCAUGGUGGUGACUGUUGUGGCUGUCUUCGUCCUCUGCUGGCUCCCCUUCUAUGUCCUCAACAUAAUCAAUGUUGUUUGUCCACUGCCAGAGGAGCCAUCCCUCUUUGGUGUCUAUUUCCUUGUGGUGGUGCUGCCAUAUGCCAAUAGCUGUGCCAACCCUAUCAUCUAUGGCUUCCUCUCCUACCGCUUCAAGCAGGGCUUCAGAAGGGCCAUCUUCAGGCCAUCCCGCCGUGUUCAGAGCCAGGAAGUGCCAGAAUGUCCCCCAGAGAAGUCUGAUGAUGGAGGAGAGGAGAAGGAGAUCAGCAAGAUCACCCAGAAUGGCAGUGGCAGACAGGAGCGCCCUCUAAGCAGCACGGCAGGAGAAAGCAAUGAGCAAAAACCACUCCCUGAGGAGCCUGUGGGCUGUGAGAAGAGCAGCAAACUGCAUGUCAGCUAUUUAUGAUGAAAGGGGUGGUGCAGAGGAAAGAGACACUGGGACAUGGGAUUCCUUUCACCCUCUGUGCUAUCCUAUCUCAGAGACUAGGGGCAAGGUUGAUACAAGGCAAUAUUACAGAUUAUGCUUAAAGAUGAAGAGGUUCCAUGAGUUUGUGGGAAAAAAAGCAAAGCACUGUACUUGGCUUUGGAAGGAACACCUAAGCUUUGUGUGGCAAGAAGUAAAGGAAGGGCUGGAUCUAGGGAGAACUGAGCAGCAUAUGGGAACAGGCAGUUUGGAGAGAGCAAGGUCUGUCCUAUGCAGCAUGAUCCAACCUUUGAUCACCCACCUAUGAAAAGCAUCAACUACCAUGUGACUGGCACUUCAAGGGAGUUCUGAAAUAGGCAUAUGUGAUAUGUGCCUCUGAAGAUCUAGAACAGGCAUCCCAAUGCCUUGGUUAUCUUCCUUGUGGACAUGAGAAGCGGUUUACCCUGGAGGAAGAACAGGAAAGACAAAUCACUGCAGCUAAGACCCACCAGGAGCCUGUUGCAUGAAUGGCUGACAUUUUUCUAGCUCUUCAAAUAGUCUUUGGGACAACUUACCCCCUCACUGGUCCUGGCUGGAGACCACUCGAUGAUGAGAAUUAGGUGGCAGUCUGUCCCAAACUCUACAAACUUCAAGCUUUUCUGGUGACUGCAUUCUGAUAGAAGGUGUAACAAGAGUAGAAAAUAAGCCAGUGAGGCAUGGGUUGGAGGCAGGGUUUCUUAUAAACUGAAAUUCCUUUUCUCUUUUUCUCUCCCUCAGCCUGGCUGUAAAUAAACAAAAUGCCUUUGGACUUAAAAGCCAA